UGCCGGGCUGGCUGACAGAACCAGGGCUUGAGGGUGCGCUGCCACUGGAGGGUCGCAGUUGAGGCUCCAGGCGGAGUGGGACGAGGCCGUCUGGGGAGCCAGUGGCGGGAUGAUGGAGGAGGAGGAGCUGGAGUUCGUGGAGGAGCUGGAAGCCGUGCUGCAGCUCACGCCUGAGGUGCAGCUGGCCAUCGAGCAGGUAUUUCCAAGCCAGGAUCCUCUAGAUCGGGCCGACUUCAAUGCUGUUGAGUACAUCAAUACCCUGUUCCCAACGGAGCAGUCUCUGGCAAAUAUAGAUGACGUCGUGAACAAAAUUAGACUGAAAAUAAGGAGACUGGAUGACAAUAUUCGAACUGUUGUAAGAGGUCAGACAAACGUGGGGCAGGAUGGAAGGCAAGCACUUGAAGAGGCCCAGAAAGCUAUUCAGCAACUCUUUGGAAAAAUCAAAGAUAUCAAAGACAAAGCAGAAAAAUCGGAGCAAAUGGUAAAGGAAAUCACCCGUGAUAUUAAGCAGUUGGACCAUGCCAAACGCCACCUAACCACAUCAAUCACAACACUGAACCACCUACACAUGCUGGCUGGUGGUGUUGACUCCCUUGAAGCCAUGACCAGGCGCAGACAGUAUGGAGAAGUUGCUAAUCUCCUUCAGGGUGUAAUGAAUGUUCUGGAACACUUCCAUAAGUAUAUGGGAAUCCCACAGAUCCGGCAACUCUCUGAAAGAGUGAAGGCUGCUCAGACUGAGUUAGGACAGCAGAUCUUGGCAGAUUUUGAAGAAGCUUUUCCUUCCCAGGGAACCAAGAGGCCAGGUGGACCCAGCAAUGUCCUGCGAGAUGCCUGUUUGGUUGCUAAUAUUUUGGACCCAAGAAUCAAACAAGAAAUCAUCAAAAAGUUUAUUAAACAGCAUCUGUCAGAGUAUCUGGUACUUUUUCAAGAGAACCAAGAUGUCGCCUGGCUAGACAAAAUUGAUAGACGCUAUGCCUGGGUGAAACGCCAGCUUGUGGAUUAUGAAGAGAAAUAUGGCCGGAUGUUUCCACGGGAGUGGUACAUGACUGAGAGAAUCGCCGUAGAAUUUUGCCACGUGACAAGGGCAGAACUUUCCAAGAUCAUGCGUGCCAGAGCUAAGGAAAUUGAAGUGAAGUUGCUUCUUUUUGCAAUUCAGAGAACAACUAACUUUGAGGGAUUUCUUGCAAAACGUUUCUCUGGCUGUACCCUAGCAGAUGGAACCAUGAAAAAACUGGAGUCCCCACCACCAUCUACCAAUCCCUUCCUGGAAGAUGAGGCCACACCAGAGAUGGAGGAGCUGGCGAUGGACAAAGGAGAGUUAGACCAACCUAAGAAGCCAAAAGCCCCAGAUAAUCCAUUUCAUGGUAUUGUUUCCAAGUGUUUUGAGCCUCAUCUCUAUGUAUACAUUGAGUCCCAGGACAAGAACCUUGGAGAACUGAUAGAUAGGUUUGUGGCUGAUUUCAAAGCCCAAGGGCCCCCCAAGCCCAAUACAGAUGAAGGGGGUGCUGUACUCCCCAGCUGUGCUGACCUCUUUGUCUACUACAAGAAGUGCAUGGUGCAGUGCUCACAGCUCAGUACAGGGGAGCCAAUGAUCGCCCUGACCACCAUCUUCCAGAAGUACCUUCGAGAAUACGCCUGGAAAAUCCUCUCUGGCAACCUGCCCAAAACCACCAGCAGCAGUGGAGGGCUAACCAUCAGCAGCCUCCUCAAGGAAAAGGAGGGCUCUGAAGCAGCCAAGUUCACACUCGAGGAGCUCUGCCUCAUCUGUAGCAUCUUGAGCACAGCUGAGUACUGUCUGGCCACCACCCAGCAGUUAGAGGAAAAACUCAAAGAAAAGGUUGACGUAAGUCUGACUGAACGAAUCAAUCUGACAGGCGAAAUGGACACAUUCAGCACUGUCAUCUCCAGCAGUAUCCAGUUGUUAGUGCAGGACUUAGAUGCGGCCUGCGACCCUGCCCUGACAGCCAUGAGCAAGAUGCAGUGGCAGAACGUGGAACAUGUUGGUGACCAGAGCCCCUAUGUCACCUCUGUCAUUCUUCACAUCAAGCAGAAUGUCCCCAUCAUCCGUGACAACCUGGCUUCCACACGGAAAUACUUCACUCAGUUCUGCAUUAAAUUUGCAAACUCCUUCAUUCCCAAAUUCAUCACCCACCUCUUCAAAUGCAAGCCAAUUAGCAUGGUGGGAGCAGAGCAGCUGCUGCUGGACACCCACUCCCUGAAGAUGGUCCUGCUCGACCUCCCGUCCAUAGGUUCGCAGGUUGUGAGGAAGGCACCUGCCAGUUAUACCAAAAUUGUGGUAAAAGGCAUGACCCGGGCUGAGAUGAUCCUCAAGGUGGUAAUGGCCCCUCAUGAACCGUUGGUGGUAUUCGUUGACAAUUACAUCAAACUCCUUACAGACUGCAACACAGAAACCUUCCAAAAGAUACUGGACAUGAAGGGGCUGAAGAGGAGUGAGCAGAGCAGCAUGCUGGAACUCCUGCGGCAGAGGCUCCCUACCCCACCCUCGGGCCCCGAGGGCUCCAGCUCGCUGUCCCUCAUGGCACCCACACCUGAGCAGGAGUCCUCUCGAAUCCGCAAACUUGAGAAACUAAUUAAAAAGAGACUAUAAGAGCUGGCAAGGGUGGUACCAGUGACCCUCAGCAUGCAGUUCCUGGAAGCCCCCAUGACUCUCAGAGCUCCUGGGACAUUGAGGUUGUUCGUGCCUUUCUCCCACACCCUCUCUUUCUCCUAGCAGAAACCAGUAAAGGUGGGGUUAUAAGAAGGGUAUAGAUGAUAUUCCCAAAGUGGAGCAGUAGUGGGAGAAGGUCCUAGAGGUUUACUUGCUGUCUGCAGGCUGCCCUUGACAGUUGAGUUGUCAUUGGUUCAAGUUGCCUCCCCACCACAGUAUGUCCACCCUUCAGCACAUGGCUUCUGUUCCUCGCGCACACCUGUGCUGGCAGCUUGGCUGAGGAAGCCUGGUUCCUGCCUGCCCCUGUGUCACUGGGAUGGGCUGUAUGGCCUGACUAAAGCAGCAAGUUGCAGGAUAGGACAUCAGCCUUUAUCCAUGAAGGCAAUGUAAGCACGUGCACUUUCCAUGAAAGGCACUGUUUCCUGGCUCACACUUCUGGAAACUUUCAUGACAUGGCCAAGUAUCUCCCCUCAUGUUCUCCCCAGAUGAGAGCUGCCCCUCCCUAUGUCUCCCCCAGAUGACCAUGUGCACCAGGCCUUGGCAGCAAUGUCCUGUCGGCCAUGGGGCUCCUGACCUGGUAUGCAGGGGACCCAGAGCUGGUUUAGAGGCUUCUG